CCGCAGCCGCGCCUCAUCACACUAACCCAGCUAGUGCACUUUUGCCUGGGCUGCUGUCAAAAUGGCUAAAGAAUACCAUUGGACAGCUCAGUCAAUUUUCGCGUAGUCUUUGUCCAGUGUAUUUUAUUUUUAUUUUCGUUUUUUUAAUAGCCCGUUUUUUUUUCAAAGUUUUUAUUCGUCGCAGAAUGUCACAAUGCUGUCAGCACGAGAGAGAGAGUUACUGAUAGAGCUGUGGGACAGACUGACUCCAGUGGCGGAAGACAUCGGCUCUGAGGCUCUUUUAAGGAUGUUUACGACGUUUCCUAAGACUAAGACAUAUUUCGCUCAUCUGGACCUCAGCGCGCGCUCUGAGCAUUUGCGCUCCAUUGGGAAGAGGAUAGUAGAGGCCAUAGCUGAGGGCACCAGACACAUUGGCACCGCCCAGUUCACCGCCAACCUCAGCUAUCUUAGCAGAUUCCACGCCUACCAACUUCGAAUACACCCCACCAACUUCAAGCUUUUCAAUCACUGUAUGCUGGUGACAUUAGCCUGCUUUUUAGGGGAAGAUUUCUCUCCACGUGCACACGCAGCCACGGACAAGUAUCUGUCAGCUUACUCAGCAGUGCUGGCCGAGAAAUUCAGAUGAACAGCCUUAACCAAACACCAACACUUCCUAUGAGCCAAUUUACCCAGAAAGAUGGAAGAGAAGAGAAUCUUUCCUUUAGUCACUCAUUAUUAAUUUGAUGUAAAUAGUUGAAUAUUUUUGUAAUAAAACAUUAACAUGACGUGUGUCUUUUUUAUCAUGAUGCAGUAAUGGAAAGGUACUCUAGCUGUACAUGCAGGAGGAUGAGGAAAGCUCUACUAAUUCUCUGUGUGUUCAGUGUGUUGGAUUCUUUGUGACCAACAUUUUGUUCAGACUUUGUCCUGAAAACACAGGAUCAUCUGCAGGAUGGAUCAUUGGAGCUCAUUCAUUUUACACACACAUAGUUCAGUCCAAGGCU